AUGGCGAGGCCCGGAGGCCCCUGCCUCUGCAGCUGCCUGGCUGUGCUGUCCCUCCUCCCCGUGCUGAGCCUGGCACAGUACGAGAGCUGGCCCCACUACCCGGAGUACUUCCAGCAGCCCGCCCCCGAGUACCACCGGCCUCAGGUGCCCUCCGACGUGCCCAAGAUCCAGCUGCGCCUGGCGGGGCAGAAGAGGAAGCACAGCGAGGGACGGGUGGAGGUGUACUAUCAGGGCCAGUGGGGCACCGUGUGCGAUGAUGACUUCUCCAUCCACGCUGCCCACGUCGUCUGCCGAGAGCUGGGAUACGUGGAGGCCAAGUCCUGGACGGCCAGCUCCUCUUACGGCAAAGGGGAAGGGCCUAUCUGGCUGGACAAUGUCUACUGCACGGGCAAAGAGGCAACCCUCGCAGCCUGCACCUCCAAUGGCUGGGGCGUCACCGACUGCAAGCACACCGAAGACGUGGGUGUGGUGUGCAGUGAGAAGAGGAUUCCUGGCUUCAAAUUCGACAAUUCGUUGAUCAACCACAUAGAGAACCUGAACAUCCAGGUGGAGGACAUUCGCAUCCGGGCCAUCCUCUCCGCCUACCGCAAGCGCACCCCCGUGACGGAGGGCUACGUGGAGGUGAAGGAGGGCAAGGCCUGGAAGCAGAUCUGCGACAAGCACUGGACGGCCGCGAACUCCCGCGUGGUCUGCGGCAUGUUCGGCUUCCCGGGGGAGAAGAUGUACAACGCCAAAGUGUACAAAAUGUUCGCCGCCCGGAAGAAGCCGCGCUACUGGCGGUUCUCCAUGGACUGCGCGGGCACCGAGGCCCACGUCUCCAGCUGCAGGCUGGGCACGCAGGUGACGCGGGACCCCGUGAAGAACGUCACCUGUGAGAACGGGCUGCCGGCCGUGGUGAGCUGCGUGCCCGGCCAGGUCUUCAGCCCCGAUGGACCUUCAAGAUUCCGGAAGGCCUACAAGCCAGAGCAGCCCCUGGUGCGGCUGAGAGGUGGUGCCAACAUCGGGGAGGGCCGCGUGGAGGUGCUCAAGAACGGCGAGUGGGGUACCAUCUGUGAUGACAAGUGGGACCUGGUGUCUGCCAGCGUGGUCUGCCGAGAGCUGGGCUUUGGGAGCGCCAAAGAGGCCAUCACGGGCUCCCGGCUGGGGCAAGGGAUAGGACCCAUCCAUCUCAACGAGAUCGAGUGCACUGGGAAUGAGAAGUCCAUCAUUGACUGCAAGUUCAAUGCCGAGUCCCAGGGCUGCAACCACGAGGAGGAUGCUGGUGUGAGAUGUAAUACUCCUGCCAUGGGCUUCCAGAAGAAGCUGCGCCUGAAUGGGGGCCGGAACCCCUUCGAGGGCCGGGUGGAGGUGCUGGUGGAGAGGAAUGGGUCCCUUGUCUGGGGGAUCGUGUGCGGCGAGAACUGGGGCAUUGUGGAGGCCAUGGUGGUCUGCCGGCAGCUGGGCCUGGGGUUCGCCAGCAACGCCUUCCAGGAGACCUGGUAUUGGCAGGAAAACAUCAAUGCCAACAAGGUGGUCAUGAGCGGCGUGAAGUGCUCGGGAACGGAGCUGUCCCUGGCGCACUGCCGCCAGGACGAGAACGUGGCCUGCCCCCAGGGCGGGGUGCAAUAUGGGGCCGGAGUCGCCUGCUCAGAAACCGCCCCUGACCUGGUCCUCAAUGCGGAGAUUGUCCAGCAGACCACCUACCUGGAGGACCGGCCCAUGUUCAUACUCCAGUGCGCCAUGGAGGAGAACUGCCUCGCGGCCUCGGCUGCCCAGACCAACCCCACCACGGGCCACCGGCGGCUGCUGCGCUUUUCCUCCCAGAUCCACAACAACGGCCAGUCCGACUUCCGGCCCAAGAACGGCCGCCAUGCGUGGAUCUGGCAUGACUGCCACAGGCACUACCACAGCAUGGAAGUGUUCACCCACUACGACCUCUUGAACCUCAAUGGCACCAAGGUGGCAGAGGGCCACAAGGCCAGCUUUUGCUUGGAGGACACGGAAUGUGAAGGAGACAUCCAGAAGAAUUACGAGUGUGCCAACUUUGGCGAGCAGGGCAUCACCAUGGGCUGCUGGGAUGUGUACCGCCAUGACAUCGACUGCCAGUGGGUGGACAUCACCGACGUGCCGCCUGGAGAGUACCUGUUUCAGGUUGUCAUUAACCCCAACUACGAGGUGGCCGAGUCUGACUACACCAACAACAUCAUGAAGUGCAGGACCCGCUACGACGGCCAUCGCAUCUGGAUGUACAACUGCCACAUAGGUGGUUCCUUCAGUGAAGAGACGGAAAAAAAGUUUGAACACUUCAGCGGACUCAUAAAUAACCAGCUCUCCACGCGGUAA